AUGGAGCAUUAUGAAAGACAUUGUCUACCUCCAAAGAGGCAUUUGAAUUGCCUCAUUCCUCCUCCCACUGGUUACAAGUUCAAGAAACCGGUUCUUUUAGUCGGUCCAGUAGUCCCGGAGCCUCCAACAGAUCACCUGGAGGAAAAAUGGGCUAAAUGGUUAGACAAAUUUGAAGCUAACUCUGUCAUUUACUGUUCUUUUGGGAGUGAAACAUUCUUAACUGAUGAUCAAAUUAAUGAGCUAGCUUUAGGGCUAGAACUCACAGGUCUUCCAUUUUUUAUGGUCUUAAAUUUUCCUGCAAAUGUUGAUGUCUCAGCUGUGCUAAAGAGGACACUUCCUCGAGGUUUCUUGGAAAGAGUGGAAGGUAAAGGAAUAAUUCACACUGGGUGGGUCCAGCAGCAGCAGAUUUUGGCACACAAAAGUGUGGGUUAUUAUUUAUGUCAUGCAGGAUUCAGCUCAGUGAUUGAGGCUAUCGUGAAUGACUGCCAACUAGUUAUGUUGCCCCAAAAGGGCGACCAAUCCCUGAAUUCUAAGCUAGUACAUGGAGACCUUAAGGCUGGAGUGGAGGUCAAUAGAAGCGAUGAAGAUGGGUUCUUUGGAAGAGAGGAUAUUAAGAGUGCUGUUGAAACACUAGUUGAUAAAGAACCGGGAAAGUCCAUAAGAGCUAAUCAGAAAAAAUGGAAGGAGUUUCUGCUUAAUAAAGAUAUUCAAAACAAUUUUAUUAAGACUUUGGUCGAGGAAAUGGAAGCAAUUGCUGGAAUAUCGAGCAUUUAG